AUGACUGCAGUACAGAGCCAGGUUGCAACUCCGCUGUUUAGUGGGACGGUUAGAGAUUGUCUGCCAGAUGGCCUUGGACAGAAUGGUGGCCGCAUUUCCACCGAGAAAAUUGGAUUUCUUCGACCAACGCCCAAGUCUUUGCCUGUAGAUCAAUUACGGCAACGGCUUCGAGAAGAUGGGUACCUUUUUGUCAAGGGCGUUAUCCCGAGAGAAGACGUUCUCGAUGCGAGGGAACACUACUUCAAGCAGUAUUCCGACACGUCGCUAUUAGAGCCGGGCUCUUCUCCCCGAGAUGGUAUCUUCAACUCGGGAUCUUCCCCUGAUUCACACAAAGGCAUAGGUGGACAGGGUCUUCCGUCCAACCCAGUUGAGCACCAGAUACUCAUCGAUGCUCACAAAGAGCCCGAAUACCGAGCAUUUGUGGAACAUCCAGCGUUGACGAAGUUCAUCAGAGACUUGAUGGAAUGGAAAGAGCAUCGCAUCUUGGAUCGGACGAUGCUGCGGCAUAAUAUACCCCUUGGUAAAGGAACUGGGAUCCAUUAUGAUAAAUUGUUCCUCAGAGGAGGAGAAGGGUUUUUCCUGACUGCCUGGGUGCCUAUUGGGGAUAUUUCCGUACAAGGUGGAGGUCUUUGCUACCUGGAGAACUCACUUCCCCUGGGCCGGGCAAUUGAAGAAGAUUACACCAAGCGCGCGGAGGAGUUCACACCCGAGCAGCGGAUUUCCGCAUUCAAUUUAAACAUGCUGGAUGGUGGGAUGAUUUCAAAUUCACCACAGGAGUUCCAAGCCAUGCAUUCUGCACAUGAUGACCAUAGGUGGUUGGUUACGAACUAUGAGGCUGGAGACGUGGUGUUUCAUGAUCCGUAUAGUAUCCAUGCCAGUGGUCGGAAUGAGGAUCCUGAGAAUCGAAUCCGCCUGAGUACGGACUUGAGGCUCUAUGAGAAGGAGGAUCCCGGGAUUGAUACUCGCUGGUAUAAGCUCUGGUCUCCGGGAGAUGGCUUGUGA